UUAGGAGCUUUUAGACAGACAUUUGGACUUUUAGCAGUUGAAGAGAAUACAGUGUCUUAGUUAUGUUGAUUUAUUGUAUGAAAUGUUGUGCCUUGGGUAACUUUUCAAAGGUGAACUGGGCACUUCAUUGUCUGGAGAUUUUCCUUUAAUUUGCUAAAAAGUCUGGUAGUUGGCAGAGACCGAAACAAGUGGAGAGGGAAAAGAGCAGAUGGGAAAAGGGGAUUUUAGAGAAAAGUUCUAAGUCAAGGAAGACCUUUCACAAUUUGCUUUAACCCUUCUGGAAAUCUCAGCAAAGUUGGAAAGUCUCACAUGUCUACUGCACCUGGCCAAGAACUGCCAGGAUAAUGGAUUUUCCCGGUCACUUUGAACAGAUCUUCCAGCAGCUGAACUACCAGAGACUUCAUGGCCAGCUCUGCGACUGUGUCAUUGUGGUGGGGAACAGGCACUUUAAAGCACACCGCUCCGUGCUGGCAGCAUGCAGCACACAUUUCCGAGCUCUGUUCUCAGUGGCAGAAGGAGAUCAGACCAUGAACAUGAUCCAGCUGGAUAGUGAGGUAGUGACAGCGGAGGCCUUUGCUGCACUGAUUGACAUGAUGUAUACCUCCACCCUCAUGCUAGGAGAGAGUAAUGUUAUGGAUGUCUUACUGGCAGCCUCUCACCUGCAUUUGAACUCUGUGGUUAAGGCAUGUAAACAUUACCUGACAACACGGACGCUGCCCAUGUCCCCCCCCAGUGAGCGUGUUCAGGAGCAGAGUGCCCGCAUGCAGCGCUCUUUCAUGCUGCAGCAGCUGGGAUUGAGCAUUGUGAACUCGGCCCUCAGUUCCAGCCAGAGUGGCGAGGAGCAGCCAGCCCCCAUGAGCUCGUCGAUGCGCAGCAACCUGGACCAGCGGACGCCCUUCCCCAUGAGACGCCUUCACAAGCGCAAGCAGUCUGCAGAGGAGCGGGCCCGGCAGCGCCUCCGCCCCUCCAUGGACGAGUCUGCCAUUUCUGAUGUCACUCCAGAGAGUGGGCCUUCGGGGGUUCAUUCUCGGGAGGAAUUCUUUUCACCAGAUUCUCUGAAAAUUGUGGAUAAUCCCAAACCUGAUGGAAUGGCUGACAACCAGGAAGACAGUACCAUCAUGUUUGACCAAUCUUUUGGUGCUCAAGAAGAUGCCCAAGUGCCCAGCCAGUCUGACAACAGUGCCAGCAACAUAGCCCAGUUGUCUAUGGCGUCUCGUGCAACUCAGGUUGAGACUGGUUUUGAGCAGGAAGCUGCAGCUGAGAAAGGGGGCUUCCAGUGUGAGAAUCCUGAUGUUGGCCUUGGGGAGAAGGAACACGUGAGAGUGGUGGUGAAAUCUGAGCCCCUGAGCUCUCCCGAGCCUCAAGAUGAAGUGAGUGAUGUGACCUCCCAAGCAGAGGGCAGCGAGUCUGUGGAAGUGGAAGGAGUUGUGGUCAGUGCUGAGAAGAUAGACCUUAGCCCUGAAAGCAGUGACCGGAGUUUUUCAGAUCCCCAGUCCAGCACAGACCGGGUAGGGGACAUCCACAUUUUGGAAGUCACAAAUAACCUGGAACAUAAAUCUACUUUUAGUAUUUCAAAUUUUCUCAACAAGAGCAGAGGAAGUAACUUUAGUGCAAAUCAGAACAAUGAUGAUAACCUUCCAAACACCACCAGUGACUGCAGGCUGGAGGGUGAGACCCCUUACUUGCUGAGUCCAGAGGCUGGGCCUGCAGGCGGGCCCUCCUCUGCCCCUGGGUCCCAUGUGGAGAACCCGUUCAGUGAGCCUACAGACUCCCACUUUGUGAGACCUCUGCAGGAGGCCAUGGGCCUGCCUUGUGUGCAGACUUCAGGCUACCAAGGAGAACAGUUUGGGAUGGAUUUUUCCAGAUCUGGUUUGGGCCUCCACUCUUCCUUCUCCAGAGUGAUGAUGGGUUCCCCAAGAGGAGGAGCCAGUAAUUUUCCAUAUUACCGACGUAUAGCUCCAAAAAUGCCAGUUGUGACUUCCGUCAGGAGCUCACAAAUCCCUGAAAACUCUGCCAGUUCCCAGCUAAUGAUGAAUGGGGCCACUUCAUCAUUUGAAAGUGGCCAUCCCUCUCAGCCUGGUCCUCCGCAGUUGACCAGGGCAUCUGCUGAUGUCCUGUCAAAGUGCAAGAAGGCCUUAUCAGAGCACAAUGUCUUGGUUGUAGAGGGAGCUCGCAAAUAUGCCUGCAAAAUCUGCUGCAAAACCUUCCUGACUCUGACAGACUGCAAGAAGCACAUCCGCGUCCACACAGGUGAAAAGCCGUAUGCCUGCCUGAAGUGUGGCAAGAGGUUCAGUCAGUCUAGUCACCUAUAUAAACAUUCCAAAACCACCUGCCUGCGCUGGCAGAGCAGCAACCUCCCAGGCACUUUGCUCUGACUGUCCUAGGGGACAGUGGCGCAGGCUGGUGCUGGGCAGAAACUGAAGUCACUGUUGGUGGGCAGUUAAUGAGGCUUCCACUGUCCGGUGGCUCUUGCAGACUUCAGCAGCUGGUAAACAACUAGUGUGUAUAGCACUUGUGCUGCUUGGAAGCGGGAUUCCAACCCAGGAACCCGGUUCCUUAUGGGUCAGUCGUAAAGUAGGUUGUCAUUGAUGUUGAGAAGAGUGGCAUAUUGAAAAACUAAAAAUAGAAGUGCAAAAAUUUUUCUAGAAAUUUUUGUAAAGAUCUGUGAAGCAUUUAAUUAAUUUCCUAUACCCUCUGAUGGAAAUACUAUAUCCCCGUAUGGUGAUGCAAAAUGCACUUAGGUGUAACAGCGGUGACUUGGUGCUUGUCUGAAAGGAAGGCCCCUAAGGACACGCCUGUCUGCCACAGAUGCUUUAAAGUGUAUCCCAAGCUAGUCCUAGGCCUCAGAAAGUACUGUAUUUUUUAUUUUUUAACUGAGUUGCAGUCACAGACACUGCUCUCUGCUGGUGCUGACACUGGGUCCAGGCGGACAUUCUCCUGGACUAUCAGGUGUAUAUACUUUUGAAUACAUCUCUGUGGGAUAGAGAUUUUAAGUUGGUUUUUUUUUGUCCCCUGGCUUUAAAAACGAUGUUGUAAGUGGUGUAUGUACUUAUAGGGAGUGACACGUGGCACUACUGUUUCUGUAUGUGCUGUUUUAGCAGUGUUCUAACCAAUGUUACCGAUGUCACAAUUCUGUUUGAGAGUCAGAAAACGGCUAGUGUUCGUCUUUGUUCUGAUGCUGUGGAGUCAUGUUUGUGGGGUUUUCAUGGCGCUUUUGCCCUUCAUCCAGACGUCAAAGGCCUUUCCAGUGUGACACAUCCCACCCGAGGGCAAGCUUUGUUUCUUUACACCCCUGUGCCCAUGUGGCAUCUCUCCCAGGCUUAGAUCACUGCUUUCAGUUGAAUUAACAAACACCAGUGCCAUUUCCCAUGGUUUUAUUAUUGUUCCAUUAUACUUUAAAAGCAUACACCUGAACUUCCAUUUGUGUUUGUCCCCUCAAUGGUACUGAGUGUUUAAAGAUGUUUGAAAUCCCAAUGUAGCAGUGUUCAUGGCUCAGAAUUUUCCACACUAGGCAGUACACAGCAUAGAAUUCUCCUAGUUGCCCAACCUCUUGGAGAGGUGUUCAUUUCUCUGCCCAGGGCUUCUCUGGGUCUCUGCAGCUUCACUGUCCUGACACCGUGAUGUCAGUGCUGUUAACAGCAACCUCUAUAGGCUGCAUCCUGGCUCAUGUACACCCAGGGGAACAGUACAGGUUUCUGCAGAUCUGUAGAACUCCAGUUUAGUUCAUGCAUGAACAGAAGUUUAUUUUUAUACAGCAUCCUCAAAGAUACCAAGCCAUUGUGCAUAAUUCAGACAUGAUUCAGUUUUUCUAGUACUUAUGUAUCUCCUAAAAUAAAAAUGAGUGUGGCUUAAGCCAAUGUGACCACACAUCUGUGGAUAAACCUGCAAUGUUCUGAGAGGGCUUGGCAACCUCUGUGAACUACUUCCCAGGAAGGAAAGCCAAAGUGGAAAAGACUCUUGGAGGCUUUGGGGUCACGGGAAAUUCAGCUGUGGCUCAGUCAGCAGCCUGACAUGAUGUGAGGAGUGCUAUAUCCACCCUCAUGAUGUAGGGACCAGGAACCUGUAAGAUUGAUCCUGAGAGCCGUGAGUCAGCAUGGAGAACAAGAGGCCCUGCUUUGGUCUGGGGUGAGGAGGAGCUGGUGACAGGCAAACAGUAGCAGCCCUCCAUCCUGUUUUGAGGAUGAGGUGCCAGGAACCAGCCCCCACACCCCAGCUCUGUUUGGGGCCUUGCCCUGACACAUCCUAUUAACCUACUGGAGCAGAGAGAAUCCACUCCACUGCUAGAUGGACCUGGAAUCUCAUCUACCUCGUGUCACCCAGUUGAUGCAUGUGAGAAGCAAGUGUCAGGCCAGCGUCCUCAGACAUGCCGUAGCACUUGAAGAAUGCCAAGGGUCUGGCAAACCAGUCUCGGGGUUCCCAUGAUCUGGAGUUGAUUCCUGGACUCUAACUGGUAUUUGGGACCGGACUUUUUCAUUUUUUGCCUUAAUGAUAGCCUGGCAUACUUCUGUCCAAUCUGUUAUUGUGAUGACAAAGUUUUAGAAGCACCAUGUCUUUGGUGCUAUGCUGGUUAAAAACUGAAAUUUUGAAAUAAAAACUUGUCAUAUUAAUGUCUCUAAA